AUCUCGACCUUCUCCACUCCACCUCUUUACAUAUCGCUUCACCACGGAUUCGUCGCACGCACACUGUUACCGCAGCCCUCCCUGAGCCAGCUCUUUGCCCUUGCGCUGCGACUCAAUUCCUUUUCCCCUUGCUCUCCUCCUGCCAAGUUACCCACAGCGCAUCCGAGACCAUGUCGUACAUCGACUACGCCGCUCGCUCCCAGUCCGGCACCCGGGUGCGCGACGAUGAUGAAGCCGAAGCGGGCUCCCAGCAGCACCAACAGCCGCAAUACCAUGCGGAUCCUUUCGCAGAUCAGCAUGUUGCUGGUGACGCCGGCGGCCGUGCUCUCCGCGGGCGUGGCCACGACUUUUCCGUCGAGCGCAUCCACACCGAAGGCGAUGACCUUGGUAACUACCACCCGUACAGGGGCGAGGGCGGCCUACCCAGCUCCACGGCGUCGCCCCGACCAUCGCAUCAGGCCAACGGCCUGCAGCGCGAGCCCUCGCACCAGGAGCCCUUCUUCGAUCCGACGUUCGAAGACUAUACGCACGAGGCACCGCUCGAGAUGCCGUUUUUCGACCACGUUGUCCAGGACUACGGCAACUUUGGCACGCUCAGCAAGCUCCGUGUUCAAUUCGGACAGUUCAUCUCCUUCCUCCUUACCCUCGGCGCCCUCGGCCUUGUCGUUAUCGCCAGCUUUGCCCACUACCUUAACCCCUUCGCAAGGUCCCCGCCUCGCGCCAAAGCAGACCGCGAGUACGAGAGACGCGUCACCGGGGAGCGAGGCUCCGGCAGGGUGCAGUAUUACGCUGAGUACUGGGGCUACCGCUGCGACGAGCAUGAGGUCAUCACUGAGGGUGGCUGGAUCCUCAAGGUGCACCGCAUCAGCGACCCGCGUCGUCCAGGCGGCGCUGGCUACCCAGUCGUGCUGCAGCACGGCAUCCUGUGCAACUCGUCACACUUUAUCAUGAACGAGGAGCGCUCCCUCGCUUUCUGGCUCGUCGACCAGGGCUACGACGUCUGGUUGCCCAACAUCCGCGCUAACUACAAUGCUGGGCACACCGAGUUCUCCCGCUCGGACCCGCGCUUCUGGGCCUGGGGCCUCAAGGAGCUGGCGUUCGACCUGCGCGACGUCGUCGAGUUCAUCUGCGAGGCGACGGCGCAUCCGCGUCUUGCGUACGUGGGCCACUCGCAGGGAUCCGGCAGCAUGUACCUCGCCCUCUCCCCGGGGAUCUGCCCCGAGCUUGGGGACCGGCUUAGUGUCUUUGUCGCCCUCGGUCCCUCGGUGUACGCUGGGCCGGUGCUGCGCCGCUUCCCCUUCUCGCUGAUCCGCAAGUUCCGCUCGCGCAAAUGGUGGUCAUUCGUGUUUGGCAUCAAACAGUUCAUCCCGGCCAUCGCGCUGGUUCAGCGCGUGCUACCAUCGUUUAUCUUUGGCCACCUAGCCUACGUCAUGUUCUCGUACAUGUUCGGCUUCCACAUGCGCCUCACGCCCAAGCGCCAGAUCCCUAAGGUCUUCCGCUCGCUUCCCGUCCCGACGUCGUCGGAGCUGCUGUAUUGGUACAUGGCCGCGUGGGCUGCGCGCGGCUGCAUCUUCGACCCUCGCAUGCAGGAGCCCUGGUUCCCGCGCAGUUUCCCGCCUCACUCGAUGUACUACGGCACCAUCGACUUACUUGUCCUCGGCAAGCCGCUCGCGCAACGCCUCCAGCGCCAUGAGCACAACGUUGACAUAGUCCACUGUGUCGAGCUCGACGGGUACGAGCACCUCGACUUCAUGUUCUCCCACGACGCAUGGCGUGUCGUCUUCCCCGGAAUCAAGGACAGCAUCGAGAGCACGAUCGACCCCGAGGACCGUGCGCCGGCCAUGCGCGAAGUCGAUGCGCCCGUUGCCACAACAGGGCGCCGCUCUCGGCGCGGUAUCUGAGCAAGCCUCUUAAGCCUCAAGAGCCUCUGCUGCGGUACGCAUUCGCAGCAACAGCAGCAUGGUUAUCUCCGAUGGGCAUCAAACGU